CAGCUGUCGAUUUGGAAGUUCCGGGGAAGCAGCGCAUGCGCGAGUGUACGCGUUGCCGGCGAAGAGGGGAGCCUGACGACUCGGAAAUUUGAAUACCACAGUAGCAUGGAGUGUGACCUCUUGGAGUCUGACAUCUUGGAGUCGUUGGAAGAUCUAGGUUACAAGGGUCCAUUGUUAGAAGAUGGCGCUCUGUCUCAAGCAGUCUCUGCUGGAGCCAGUUCCCCUGAGUUUACCAAACUCUGUGCUUGGUUGGUGUCUGAAUUAAGAGUGCUCUGUAAACUAGAGGAAAAUGUUCAAGCAACCAACAGCCCAAGUGAAGCUGAAGAAUUCCAACUUGAGGUGAGUGGCCUACUAGGGGAGAUGAACUGUCCAUAUCUUUCACUGACAUCUGGGGAUGUGACCAAGCGCCUUCUCGUUCAGAAGAACUGCCUCCUUUUGCUCACAUACCUCAUCUCAGAACUAGAAGCUGCCAGAAUGCUCUGUGUGAAUACUCCUCCAAAAAAAGCUCAAGAAGGAGGCGGUAGUGAGGUCUUUCAAGAGUUGAAAGGCAUAUGUAUUGCUCUAGGAAUGUCCAAACCUCCAGCCAAUAUAACUAUGUUCCAAUUCUUCAGCGGGAUUGAAAAAAAAUUAAAGGAAACAUUAGCAAAAGUUCCACCUAAUCAUGUGGGAAAGCCUUUAUUGAAGAAGCCAAUGGGACCGGCCCACUGGGAAAAGAUAGAAGCAAUUAACCAAGCCAUAGCCAAUGAAUAUGAAGUUCGGAGAAAGCUGCUAAUAAAACGUUUGGAUGUCACUGUCCAGUCUUUUGGCUGGUCUGACAGAGCUAAGAGUCAGACUGAAAAAUUAGCAAAGGUUUACCAGCCAAAACGCUCAGUCUUAUCUCCUAAAAGUACUAUUGCUGUUGCCCAUCUUUUGGCCGCAAGACAAGACUUGUCAAAGAUUUUAAGGACAAGCAGUGGCUCUAUAAGAGAAAAGACUGCCUGUGCCAUCAACAAGGUAUUGAUGGGCAGGGUUCCUGACAGAGGAGGUAGACCCAACGAAAUUGAACCUCCACCCCCAGAGAUGCCACCAUGGCAGAAAAGGCAAGAUGGCCCCCAGCAGCAAGCAGGAGGCCGAGGAGGAGGGAGAGGUGGUUACGAACAUUCCUCGUAUGGAGGACGAGGAGGUCAUGAACAAGGAGGAGGGAGAGGUGGACGUGGUGGCGGUGGCUACGACCAUGGUGGCCGAGGGGGAGGAAGAGGAAAUAAGCAUCAAGGAGGCUGGACAGAUGGAGGGAGUGGAGGAGGAGGUGGCUACCAAGAUGGUGGUUACCGAGAUUCGGGUUUCCAGCCAGGUGGCUAUCAUGGUGGCCACAGUGGUGGCUAUCAAGGCGGUGGUUAUGGUGGCUUCCAAACAUCGACAUAUACGGGAAGUGGAUACCAGGGUGGUGGAUAUCAGCAGGACAAUAGAUACCAGGACAGUGGGCACCAUGGUGGUGAUCGAGGCAGUGGUCGAGGAGGGAGAGGUGGUCGUGGAGGCCGAGGUGGACGUGGUGCAGGCCAGGGAGGAGGUUGGGGAGGAAGAGGGAGCCAGAAUUAUCACCAAGGGGGACAGUUUGAACAGCACUUCCAGCAUGGAGGUUACCAGUAUAAUCAUUCUGGAUUUGGACAGGGAAGACAUUAUACUAGUUGAGGCUACACACCUUACAUUUUGCUAGAGCUCAAGUAAUAGAAACUUAGUUUCAGAAUCCUGAAUCCAGCAUGGAUUUUGAAUUAAUGUGACACCAGAGGUGGCAGGCAGAUUCCUGCUUGGCAUAAGCAUUUGUAGGUCUUCAUUCAAUACUGUUCUUUUUUUUUUUUUUUUUUUUCCCCUUAAUGGACUUACAUAAUGCUUGUUUAUUUGAGAAAUACAUACAGUACUCUCCUUUGUAUGAAGAAUUUCUUAACAGGUAAUUAUAAUUGCCUUUAAUUGACCAGUAGACUAAUUCCACAGCCAGAACAUGCAUACUUUUGUGAAGCAAUUACUUGAAUAAGUAGUUUUCAUGGUUUUCAAUAUGCGAUUUUAAAAAAUGAGGAUUCUCCUAGAUUUUUUUAGAUUAACAACUAGGAAACCGUCCUCAUUAUUAACAAUCCAUUUAUAUGUGUUUUCCUUAAAGUAUUCUAAUGCCUAUUUUCCAAGCACAGUUCUGCCCUGAUUGGCUUUUUAUUCAAAGAGGUUAUGCAACAUUUGCUUCAUAAUAGAACUUUUAGAUCAGUUCCUAUUAAAUGAGCUCUUCUGCAGACAGCACAGUCAGUAGCCUUAUCCUUUCAGUGGAAUACUGUACCAUAUGCUCAACUCUGAAAACCUUGAACACGGCUAAAAUCCGUCAAGAUUAUAAGAGCAAACUAAGUUGUGAACCUAUAGUACAUGUAGGCAUUUAGUUUAAGUAGAGCAAUUCAAACUGACCUGCAUCCAUUCAAAACAAGUUCCUCCUUCACCUUAUUUUUACUUGAAAUCUGCUAGAAGAAACAGCAAUCCGAAAUUUGUUUUAUGCACGAGUUAAUACCACUGGCUCAGCAAAUACAAGUUAAUUUGCUUUGGGCAGGAGACUUUUUGUAAUGGAAGAAAUGCACUACCAAGUUAAGAGGACAGAUUUUGCUUAGAGCAGGAGGCCCUUUAUUAUUGCUGCAGAACAAAAGCCUGGCUGAGUUGAUGUUUGACACUCUUCUUUACUGAAAUCUACAUGACACUUGUUGCUGGGUUUUUGUACACGUAAAUAUUGUCAAGCUGUGAAAGAAAAUGGCUGGAGGUGUGCUUUGUGUGAAAGGUGAGCAAUAAAAGUGUAUGUUCUCUCUUUGGUUGGAGUUUUAUUUUAGCCACUUUUUUAAACUGAAUUAUUCUGAAUGCUUAUUUCAAGCUUAUGAACUAAGGCCUUUGUAUCCCAAAGAUUCUGAAGUGUUGCCUUGAAACAUAAUUUUUGAUGAGUGAGAAUCCUUACCCUAAAACCUUAAGUAAAUUGAAAAAUAGCUUUAUCUGGAUUUACCUUUUUUACUACAGUGUUAUAGCUGGACAAUUUCGGAACUCGUCUCUGGCCACUAGGUGUAGCUGUUGCUACACAGUGUGUUAGGCAAAGAUCCAUUAAUAGGCCUGAACUUUUAGGUGUUUUUGUUUGUUUCUCUUAAGAGUGAGAGACAUUUUUUUUUUAAAGGAAGUUCAUUGAAAAUACAAAUAUUGUUUGUGGAGUUCCUGUCGUGGCUCAGUGAAGUGAAUCUGACUAGCAUCCAUGAGGACGCAGGUUCAAUCUCUGGAUUUGCUCAGUAGGUUAAGGAUCCAGUGUUGCCAUGAGCUAUGGUGUAAGUGCAGACGUGACUCGGAUCCCAUGUUGCUGUGGCAUAGGCCAGCAGCUACAGUUCCAAUUUGGCCCCUAGCCUGGGAACCUCCAUAUGCUGCAGGUGCAGCCCUAAAAAGAUCAACAACGACGACCACAACAAAAUAUAUAUGUUUGCAAAAAAUCGUACUUCCUUUUCCUGCUGAAUUGGGCUUUUUAGAGUAAGGAAUCAACUUAUGACUUAUCGUUAAAAAUAUUCCAUUUGCUAAACCAGCUAUAAUGGAAAAAAAUAAAAAUCAUUACGUUAAAAAAAAUACUCCAUUUGCUGUUGAGAUAAGCACAUUCUUUUGAUAGUUGAAAUCGUUUUUAAAAGCCUCAAUCAUUUUGUUAUUUUUAGCUGUUCAUUAGAUUUUUCAACUAGCAUUUACCAUCCUAAAAUGUUCAAACUUAAAAGAUAAUAUACUUUUAUUUUUUAUGAAAGAUUUUAAGUUCUGCCUUGAAAGUUUUGUGUUCUCUUUUUUUUUGCUUAUUACUAUGUAUAAGUUUCAUAUUAGAAGUAAAAUUGUUAAGGAUUCCUAUCUAAAAAUGAUAUCUUAGAAUGUAUUAACACAUACCUUAGUAUUUGCUUUAAUCUGUUUUCUAGCCUCAGACUCUACAAUAUACUUAAUAUGUUUUUCUUUUGACAAACAAUUUUGACUUAUUUUUGUGGGUAAUAGGUUAAUUUUCGUAUAUGAGCAUAUAAGAAAACAUGAAACAUCUCUCCACCGUGGCUCUAAAAUUUACAUGUUUUUUCCUGCUUCAAACUAAAAAUUUUUUUCACAUUAUAAACCCAUAAGAGAAUUGUCUUUUAGUUUCUGUUCUUUGACAUUUAUUAAGUUUUCCAGAAAGAGGAUAUUGCAAACCACCAGUUAGUUUUGUUAUUUUAAAAUAAAGGUACGUUGUAUAGAGUGUUGAAUCUGUAUACAUUCUUAAUCUUUAUUUGUAGAAAAGAUGACUUACUGGAGUAGGGAAUGUGGGAAUUUCUUGGAAAAAUAAAAAUUUUAGGGAAUGUUUAACAUGAAAUCAAAAUAUUGUCUCUUAAAAGGAUACUCAGACAGCACCUUUUGUUAGUGCUUUGUUUCUUCCUCUGUCAGAACUAGAACAGGAUGUCAACAUUCUCUAUGAAAAUUAUCAAAGGUAUGCUUGCCACUAUCAUUUUCAUUUCUUGCUCUCUAUCUAGAUUUAAACUGAGCUAGUAUCUGUUGGGACUCAAGGUGGGCCACACAAACAUAUGUCACAAUGGCAUAUUGAUUAUCUUGAAUUAAAGUUACUUAAGACAUAGCCAAUGCUAGAGGGACACUGGCCCUCCUUCCUGUCUCACUGAAAGCAAGAAUUAAGUCUCAUGUGAAAGAUGCACUCCUGGCAUCUGGAGACAGAAGAACAUACACCCUUACUGCCAGAGGUAGGGAAUUUGGGUCGAGAAGCUGGUAUAAACAAACUUUGUUACUUUUUUUUAUUAUUAUUAUCACUCAAUGAAUUUUAUUACAUUUAUAGUUGUACAAUGAUCAACUAUCUCAAACCCAAACUCUGAUAUAGAUAUUUUGCAAAUAAAGUGCCCAAAGCCAAAACUUUGUCCUCUUCCUCACAAAUUUUUUUUUCCUUUUGUCUAAAAAAUAUAAAAGCUGCCUGCUUUGGCUAGGUUUCAUUUCUGUGAGACUUAAGUGUGCACAAAUUAAAAUUUAUUUUUCUCCA